AUGUCGCAGCCCCCUCCUCGACGCAAGCGGACACGCCCUUCAAAUAUCGAGGGCGACGCUCCCUCCUCCAACCGUACGACCGACCUUCGCGACGAAGAUCGGAUACAGGCACUUGUGAAGGACGCAGAAUUCUGGUUCGAGGACGGGAGCAUCAUUCUCAUCGCAGGAGACGUCGUGUUUCGGGUCUACAAGGGUGUUCUUGCCAGCGCGUCACCAGUCUUCGCGGACAUGUUCUCUCUUCCCACACCUGGUCCUCGGCCUGCCGUCGAUGGAUGCCCUGUCGUCAACCUGCAAGACUCGGCCGACGAUGUGCGGCGGUUACUUCGCUUGGUGAUGCCGAAGAAUGGGGCAUGCGUCCUCGAAGACCUGAACAUGUUGGACAUCAGCGCGGGCGUGCGGCUUGGCCACAAGUAUCAAAUGGACACGGUCGUCAAAAGGCUCGCCGCGCGACUGGGACAAUACUACACGAAGCACUGGGCAGGAUGGCGCGACCCGAGCCGGUCGUCGUUCCCGGAGUGCCUUCGGGGUACUGCUGCGAUCGCUGUCGUCAACAUCGCACGCCUCACGGACGAGCUGUGGCUGCUCCCCGCCGCACUCUUCGAGUGUCUGGAGCUCCCCACCCUCGCAUUACUGUCCGGAUUCAAGCGCGGUGACGGUACGGUCGAACAUCUCUCCCAUGAGGAUCUUGCGAGGUGCAUCGACGCCCGACCGAUCGUCAAGAGGGAUGAGAUAAUUUCGGCUAUUGAUUACGUGUUCGACUACGACCUUAAGAAGUGCGCGAACGACGAUUCGGACCGGUGCUAUGCCACAUUACAUGCUCUGCAACAAGACCCAGGGUUCCUUUAUCAUGAUUAUCAGCCCUACCGAGAUUUUACCCAGCGGAAACAUUCUUGGAGUAAACGCGUUCGCCCAAGCCUUUGUGGUGGGUGCUACCACGCAGUGGUGGAAAGAGAGGAGGAGGGGUGCAAACUUUUUUUCAAGAACUUACCUGUGUACUUUGGGCUUGAAAUCAGGGCUUGGGGGAAAGUCUGA